AGUAUCCAGCCGCUUGCGUAUGGGAUUGCGUAUUCGACAUUCUUUGUGGGCACUUUGUCGAUUUUGCUACGGUUUUAUUGCCGGUAUAUUGUGCUGAGGACAUGGGGGUGGGACGAUUAUAUUGCGGUUGCUAUUUUGGCCUUUAGCUUUGCACAGCAGGGCGUGCUGCAGAUGUUUUUGUAUUGGGGGUGUGGACUUCAUAUGGGAGCCCUGGACACGAACCAUCAUCUCGAGAUUGUCAAGUGGUUAUUUAUCGAAGAAGUCCUCUACUACUCUGUUCACUGGGUGAUCAAAUUAGCUUUUCUCGUAUUUUACCUUCGCCUAUCUCCCGAUAGCGACACAUUUAGACACGCAGUCUAUUUUGGAGUGGGAUUUAACACUGUUGUAUGGAUUGCCAGUGUCCUUGUAGCAUGUUUCCAAUGCAUGCCAUUUGACGAAAUAUUUCACCCAGGCACGCAUUCUGAUGCACAAUGCAUCAACAAGAUGAUCCUUCUCCUUGGCCCUUGCAUUCUCAACAUCCUCGUAGACAUCUACAUCCUAAUCCUCCCCAUCUCCACCAUCUGGGCCUUGAAAAACAUCCGCAUGCGCCGCAAAAUCGCCGUCCUCUGCGUCAUCGGUUUCGGCGGCAUCUCCGUCCUCAUCGCUUGCUGCCGCAUCGUCAUCCUCCUACGCCUCUCCUCCCCCUCCCCAUCCCUCGAUACCUCCUACAUCCUCGGCACCAUGAUUGUCGUCAGCGCCCUAGAGAUCCAAUCCGCAAUCAUCGCCGUCAACCUCCCCAGCCUGAAAGCCCUCUGGACAAAAUACACAGGCGCCCCAGCCGCAGUACCGACAAGUCGCCAGAAUCUCCAC